GUUUAUUUUCGUCAUUUCAUUUGUGAAGUGUAUUCAAUCUAUAUUGUGGAGAGACUUGCAAAAUUCUCUGUAUCCUUGAACUUAUUAAUUUCGUUUAAAUAAACAGAAACAUUGUUAGCAAUAUUGCUAACUGAUUAAACGCAAAAUAAUAUAGUAAAAAUCCUUUGUAUGAAUAAGCGGAAAUUAUUAGUAAUAAGUUAUUUGUUAUGUUUUUGGGACAAAGUAAAAAGUUUGUAGAAAUUAAAUGGCAUCUAAAAGUGUAAAUAGACACAGUAAAAUAUAACAGGUGUUAUUUUAAUUGAUCGCAAUAAAAUGGCUCACUUCGGGAGACGUGACGUUACGUACAACACACUCAACAAUGAAUUGACGCCUCCACUGGCUGGAUUAGCGGAAAAUGUGAAUGCUGCGCCAACGAUGAUCACCCUAGACCACGAACAUGAAGACACCACCAACGUGAUCAUCCACAAAGUACCCAAAAAGAAAGAUGGCUGGACACACAUAGACGAUUUAGACUCGUUUUUCACAAGAAUGUACAGAUAUUACGUGAGGGGAGGUUUCUAUCCAAUGAUAAUGUCGGAUUUUUUUUGUUUGUUCCAAUUCAUAUUCAUUGUGUGGUUCUCAACAUUCUUGGCACACUGCGUUAAUUACCCACGCUUGUUUAGAAAUGAACCAAAUGCCACCCGGACUGAUAAACUUAGUUUAAAUGAUGUGAUAUACUCCAGCUCUGAAUGUGUUGAAAGGAUAUCAUGGAAAUGGUGGUGCCUCGUUGCAUUGUGUGCAAUAAUUUGGCUAAUGAGAUUUAUUUUAUCUAUGUACCAUUUAGUUCAAGCUUAUGAUACAAAAAAGUUUUAUAAUAAUGCAUUGAAGAUACAAGAGAGUGAUUUGGCAUGGGUCAACUGGUCAACAAUACAAGAAAGAGUAAGGGAAGCCCAGCCUGAGCAUCACAUAUGCGUCCAUAAGCAAGAAAUCAACGAAUUAGAUAUAUACCACAGAAUACUCCGAUUUAACAAUUACAUGGUGGCGAUGGUGAAUAAAAAUCUACUUCCGUUGCAAAUACAUGUGCCUUGUAUUGGAGACUUCCACUACCUGUCCAGAGGUCUAAAGUGGAACUUGGAAUUUCUAUUAUUUUCUAGUCCGUGGAGUCCUUGGGAGAACUGUUGGCAGCUACGCGAGUGCUACAAGGAUCAUUCGAAGAGAAUGUUGUUGGCGCGACAACUUGACCGACAAAUUCUCCUGUUGGCUUUAUUUAACUUGCUGUUCUCGCCAUUCAUACAGGCUUGGCAGAUACUCUACUUCUUCUUCAAUUAUGCCGAGUUGAUAAAGCGUUCGCCGGGCGCUCUCGGGCUGCGCACGUGGUCGCUGUACGCGCGCAUCACGCUGCGCCACUUCAACGAGCUGGAGCACGAGCUGCGCGACAGACUGAACCGCGCGCACAAGCCCGCCGCCAAGUACCUCGCCAGCUUCACCUCGCCCAUCGUCACCGUCGUCGCCAAGAACACGGUGUUCCUCGCUGGAAGUGUGCUCGGCGUGCUGGUGGUACUGACGGUGUACGAUGAAGACGUGCUGACGGUCGAACACGUCAUCACCAUCAUCACUAUACUGGGAUGCGUGAUCGCCGGCGCUAGGGCUCUAAUAGGAGAAGAGGAGCGUCUUGGAGGAGGGUGCACGGGGCCGGCGCGGGGUGAAGAGCUGUUCAUACAAGUGCUGGGCCACGUGCACUACCUGCCCGCCGUGUGGAGGGGCCGCGCACACACCAAGGACGUGGCCGCGCAUUUUCAACAAUUGUUCCAGUUUAGAGUCGUGUACAUAAUAUUCGAGUUGCUGAGCCCGCUGCUGUGCCCGCUGGUGUUGCUGUCGCUGCGCUCGCGCGCGCUGGACAUCGUCGACUUCUACCGCAACUUCACCAUCAGCGUGCUCGGCAUCGGCGACGUCUGCUCCUUCGCACAGUUGGACAUUCGCCGGCACGGACACCCUGACUGGCAGACACCGCUCAAAUAUGGCGAAAAAACUAAAGUUGGUAACGCGCAGUACGACCAAGGCGAGGGUGGUAAGACCGAGCUGUCGCUGGUGGCGUUCUCGUGCCGGCACCCCGGCUGGCAGCCCACGGAGCCGACGCAGAGGCAGUUCCUCAAGUCGCUGAGACAGAGCAUGCACCACGCCAUACCCACCAACACUCAUCUCAAUAAAACAAUGUUGGGCUCUUAUGUCCAACAAAGUUUGUUUGGUGCUGUCACGCCACUGCCCGCCGUGCUGUCGUAUUAUCCACAACAACAGAAACAAAACUACAGACUGCCUGAGAUGGACGAGCCGAGCGACGAGGAGGAGGAGAUGCCUGGCAUGUCGACGCAGUCCACGCGGCGGUCGAUGUCGCUCGGCCUCGCGGGCGUGGGCUCCGUGAUCGGAGCGAACGCGCUCGGGCUCGAGCCGUCGCCGCUCGCCGAGCAGCCCGUCGACAACGCGCACGACAUGUCCGUCAGCACGCUGCAUCUGUACGACUUGCAUAUAUCGCAGGCGGGUCAGAACGUGUCCGCGUGUUGUAGGAACAACUGCAGCGAGCGGCAUCAGGAGGCGGACCGGUGGGGGACCGAGGAGACGCCGCUGCUGCACCGCCCAUAACGGUGGCGCAGCCCCUCGCCGCUUGUCGAGAAAUACCCAGUCUGGGUGUAGAUACUGAAUGUGUUCACCGCUCAUCGUUCAUCCGACGCGUGUGGCGCCCUUAAGGUUUACGUGCGCGUUUUGUGUUGUCGGUUAGGGUUGUUUGUUUUUAAGUGAACGUUAAGGACGGCCACCUUUGCUUACGAUUGGUUAUCGUUGCCGGGUUUAGUUUUUUUUUAAUAGCGUUUACCGUCGUGUUGGGUGUUAAGUAAAUUUGGAUGUAUCUGCUUUAAGUUAUCGUCGAAUAUUUGUAGAAGGCGAUUACAUUUAUGCCUAUCGUGAUGCAUAGUAGAGUUAUCUACAUCAAACUUGUUAGUGUUACAUAACUUAUGACAGUAAACGCUAUUUAAGUAUAAACUCACUAUAGGGUCUGUAUUUUCAUUCUACAUUUAUAUUAGUUCCAAUUUAAGUCGGUUUACUUGUAAAACAUAAGUAAUUUUGGCCUUCGUCUGACGCAUUGAAAGUCUCUAGGCUUCGUACUUUUGUCUAGAAAGUUAGGCCGUAACAUUUCACGUGGAAAAUGUUAGUCCCGGGGACAUUUGAAUUUGAUAUAAUCAAGGUGAGGAUAUUUGACAGUAUAUUUUGAUUUAAAGGAGUGUUUUGAUAUAUUCUGGGGUUGCGCUAAAAGCUGAUUGUGAAACGAUGAACGUGUUCCUAUAUACUUUGUAUCUGCGUGUCUCCAGCGGUCUAGGAUUGUUGUCGGGCGCGUUUGGCAAAAAAUUCAAACUACACUAAAAUAAUUUAGUUGGUGUUUGACAAUAUUACCUUUGGGUAACUAGUCGGUUAGUGCAGUUGGCGUUUUAUAAAGUAGGAAGUGUUUUGGACGGUGCCUGUGAAAACAAUAAAUCUGCUAUUGGCAAGCGUUUUUUAUAAUUAACAACUUUGUGGGGCUUAUGAUUGGAUCGUUUUUUAAACUACGUCCAAAUUGUACCUUAUAUAUAAGUCGUUCGCGUUAACAUGUACUGGCUUGUUCCUAUUUUUAUAAAGAUAAAAUUGGACAUGAUAGGACAUUUUGACAAAAUUGUAAAUAUAAAUCGUCUUAGACGUAAUUAUUGUAUAACUAAAUUUAAGUGGCGUGCAAAAAAGGCCUGAAGUUUAUGCGCAGUCAAGGUAUGUGAAACUUGUAUAGAAUAAAGAAACGUGAACGUUAAACGUAAUAAUUAAUCUAACAUCGAAUUAAAAUUCAAUUAUCGUUAAACAAAGGUUGGCUGUUUUAGCACAUGUAAUUUAUCUGAAAAAUUAAAAAUUAUGUCUGGUUUUUUAAAUUCACAUAUUUAAAUUUAAAAUUUUGGGAAAUUCCAAGCAGUACGACAUUAUUGAUACAUAAACGAACUUUUUUCAUGUUUUUAAAAAAAUUAUAAACAUAUGAGAUAUUAUGAUUACGCACAUUCAUGGCAGGAUCUUAGCUCUUUGACGUCAAACAAGUCACAUGAUUUAAUAAAAAUUACGCAUUAGAUGCAGCAUCGUCUUUGCCAACAACGAACCCACUAUGUAUGAACUUGUACCCACUUCUUUCCAAAUUAGUGUGGACAACUACUCUCAUGUAAGUAACUGAGACUGCUCAAUGAAUUGCCCUUAUCGUGAAAUUUUGGAUGCAUCAUUGUUUGUGUAUAAGUUUCGUCUCACGUUAUAAAAAUAGUAUGUUUCGCUACUCUAUUGCUCAGUUCAUUGCAUGUGUAAUAAUCCAGUGUUAGUUCUCUUUGGCCUCCAGAAAUAAUAUUAUUUAUUUAAUUGACAGACUUGCAAAUCGCUCGCCUGAUUUCGAACACCUCAUCAGUAGCAACACCGCCCAGAAUUUAAUUAUUCAGUGCAAAUAAUAACUGUCGAAAUCUGUAUUAAACUGUCCUAGUCGGCCGAUUUUUGAGAACAAUUUACGACGCACCCACUUCCCCUCUAAUAAAUGCUGUAUACAUCAAUAAUGGCUAUACAUUUCAAUUUAUGACAGUAUACGGCGUAUAUGGUCAAGGACCUUAAUAUUUUUUUGUACGUCGUAUAAUCCGUUUUUGAAACACUGUAACCUUAUCUAGUCGUCUUCUCUCUCGUAAUAUAAUAAUAUUUUCCCGUGUCUCCGUCCGCGUGAAAAUUCCGAUCGCAAGAAUUUGUAGAAUUCAAAUUUUAUACGACAAUUUAUAAACAAAAAUACAGCAAAGUCCCAUCAAAAUUGUUAUUUUUUUAUUCGCGGACAAAUAGAUGCGCUAAAAUAGAAGCUUCUGAAUCCACUAUCGUUAUAUCCCAACACACCUGUAAUUCCAUGUGAACAGUACGAAUAUCCCGUCUCGAGAUCUUUUAUUUCAUAAUCACUUCGCCACGUGGCCCGUUAUACUUUUAGUUAUAUUUGCAAUAAAUAACUAUAUAUGCACCAAGCAAUGUUCGACACUACCACGCUUUGCUCAGUUCAUCGUCUUUCAUAAGAAAGAUAAAAUAAGCUGAAUUUUAUUGAAGUUAGUGGUAGACAUUCAACAUAAUCCCAUUAAACUAUGCUUCUGCAAUAUUUCUAAUUCAAUGUUUAUCAUAUAUUCAAUAUUUAUUGUAGGUGAUAAGUCCUCGUGUAUAUAUUCUAUGUGGAAAUUUAGCAGUUUGUUUAUGAUGCAACAAGUUUUGAACUUAAGGCCGGUUUCCGAUAAACAUAAUUAAAUACAUAGGUAGAUGACAGUGAUAUAGGACAUUUUGACAAUUUAUAUAACACAUACGUCUUUUAUGACGCAAUAUAUUGACUUAAAGACUAAUAUAAUAACAUCUCACUUUAAAUUGUAGGGCAUUUUUCCACUCAUGUCUUCAAUUGAUUUGACAAGACCAAAUUAGAACAUAUUUUUUUAUUGACAUCUAAAUGUCAUGCGAUAACUAGAUAUAUCAUAUAAACAUAAACUGGAUUAGUGCAUUGAGACGUACUUCUAGAACUCUUGCAGUUUCAUUACACUAUAACUAGAUAAUCGUCCAAAUCUAGUGCUAGAUAUUACAAUAAGUGUAACAUGAUUAUAUUUAGGCUGUGAAAUGUGAAAUGUUUGGCAAAAUUUACGUACAAAAAUAGCUUUACUGGUAUUUCAUGUGCGGCUUUGUUUAUUCUGUUUCUUUUGAUACCGAACUGGCGUGUUCCUCAUUCAGUUGCGCAUACGCGGCCUUAUGUGUCUUAUAGUACUCAAAAAUUGCAAAAUGAUACCCGUUUUAUAAUUAAUAUGAUGCGUCAUCCAUGAAUUUCAUGUAUUGCGUAAAUUUUUUGUGCGUUAAAUUAGUUAUUUUCUGUUGUGUAUGUUUUAGUAGGAAAAUAUUUUUGUUAAUAUGAUUUGAUAUAGUACAAUUAUAGUUUUUAUCCGUCGAAUAAAGGUAGUCAACAUUUGUGUUAUUUUUUUAAUAGUUUUUUUUUGUUUUUGUGUUGGUCAUUUAACAACACCGUGCUGACAGGACGUCGCAGGAGCAAGUUUUGUGUGUAAAGUCUAUGGCCGAAUGGACUGUAUGUGUUUCAGUACAACACAAAGGAUAGGCGCGGUUACGUUAAAAGAAAUGUAGAAAUCCAUUGAAAAUACCAAUUGACUAGUAUAUGUUGGAAUUUAUUUUAAAUCAAUUUCAAUAUUUUCAAUCGAUACAAUACAGGGAUACAGUUCACUGAUACGCAUAUUUAUAUUUUUUCAUUCAGUUGGAACUGUGCUCGUAGCGAGCAAAACGUACUUCGAUUCAACCGGGGCAGUUCAAUUCAAUAAAAACUGGUGCUAGAAUUGUAUGGAAAGAAGUGCAUAAUUAUAAGUAAAAAUAUCUUUGCGAUAUGUAAAAACAUUUAUCGUUUGUCCAGUUUUGUACCCGUUGCAGGCAAUUCCGGUAUUAAUAUCAAAUUGUCGGAUAAGUGUGAUCUGGAUAACGUGUUCUCAAUGUGUAAUGGUGUGUUUCAUUGAUGAUUAAGUAAUAUUUGUUCGUCUUCCUUCUCUCAAACAACUCGUGUAUGUCUUCGCGAUAAAUGUUCGUAUUUAAUGUAGGUAUUGUUUGCGAUCGUCGAUUUUUGACGACACUUUUACAUAAAUUGUGUUUGUGUAAAGUUAAAAAUGUGUUAUUUAAUAAUAAUUAGUAAUAUUUUUAUUAUUUAUUUUAUACCGCCAUCUGUUGAGGUCACGGUAUAUCUUUAUUGAUUUUAGGGUCGCCCGUCAAUCAGAUUACUUUAGACUGGAUAAAAUUGUACAUUUGAUCGUGGCUUAAAAAUGCAGUAUUAUGCCUCCACGAUGAAUUUCAUAAUUUACUUACACGAUUCUUGAUUGACAAAAAAACUUUGUUUUUUAAAAAGUAAAGUGAAGGUUUAUCACACCAAUAUAAUCACGAUUUUGCGGUUAUAUAACGUAUAUAUAAGUUCUAAAUAAAUUAGGAAGUAUUAUCUUUAAAAUUCAAUUUACGUAUUAUGAAUGUAAAAGGCGAGCAAUAAUUGAAACGGUAUUUCGGCCGCGAGGCGAUGUCUGGCACUAUUUUUGAAUGUUUAAAAUUAAUAAUAAUUGUAUAACUUUGGCGUAAAAUUUAUGUGUAAUUAUUGUAUUGAUUAGCGCACACAAACCAUGUGAUAAACAAGUUAUUAUUUGUACGAACAUUGUGACUAUUUGAAACGCGUAUCUUGUAAAUGGAAUCUGAUAUAAUUUUUAAUAAAAUAAAAAGACUGUAAAAAUUCACCUAAAAUAAUCAAAUAUUUUUGGUAACAAUAAAAAUCAUGAAAUGCUUCCCAAUAAAGUAAUGCUCAUUUUAUCAGUCCUCAAUACUUACCGAUCUAUAUGUAUACUUGCACAUCUGUUAUAUAGUUCAAGUUAAACGUAUUGUAUUGUCUCGCAUACAUAUUGUAAGCUGUGACGUCUCCUACACUACAUAUUGUAUCGCUGUGUAUCUAGUUGUUACUGUGCGCGGUCAAGCGCAUAACUACAUCAUACUUAACAUGUAUAUCACUCAAUUCGUUUUACAAUAGAACGUUUGUCAAUGUAAUAUGUACUUUUAAAUAUUUGUAUCGUAGGUAUAAAACCCCCUAUUUCAUAUAGUCUUUGAUGUGUUCACUUACUCGCGGUUAACUUGUGCCAUCUGUACUGGCACAUAUAUACUGUAUCUAGAGGACCCUGCGUCGCUUGCAAAAACGAUUUUAUUUAUUAUCAUUUCGCGUAACGUCAUUUUUGCAAGCGAUAUUUUAUUGUAUUUGUACACAUUACGCUGAUUUGAUUAUUAAUUUUGUUGUCUCUGCGCAAUCAGUUUGACAGAUUUGAACAAUAUUUUUGUAUGAAUUUAUAGGCUGUGGUUUUUUGAUCAGCUCGCGCUGCGCCGCCGCUCAUCAGUGUAGACAUUUGGAUAUAAGUUGGACAGUGUGCCCGGGUACGGGGUUUAAGACUUUGAAAAUUAUAACGGAAACACUUCAUCGUAAAACCACACCCAUAUAGACUACAGGGGUUAGUCGAGUCGUCGUGAACUGUAUCAGCGAGUCCACUUUGUACCAGUAAUUAGUGACCGCGGUCGCUCAGUGUACAGCCAGCAACCAAGUGGCGCAUUGUCAUACUCGAUUUAACUGUAUUUACCAAAUUUUGUAAAUAUUUAGUUCAAUUUAUGAAUAAAUAAGUAUUUGGAUAUAAGUGUAUUGUGAUAUCAUUAUAAUUUUCUUAUACGUUUGCGUAAUAAGUUCUGAUAAUUAUUUUUUGAGAACCUCGAAAUUGGAUACAAAUUGGGAAUAUUGAAUUUUUCAGUAACCAUAUCCGCUGUUAUUAUUACGCGUAUUGUAAUUAAAAAUGUACUAAUUAUAA